GGAGAGAGAGAGAGAGACUGGGACCAGCUCUUUUGCCUGCUAGACCGGCUUCUCCACCAGCGGUUCCUGCGCCUUGGGGUGGUGGGGAGCCCACCCAUUUGGGCCAGCCAUGGAUCCGGCGUUCCCCCAUCCAUCCCGGGAUCCUACCCAAGAAGAUGGCAUGGCCUCGGACGACUUUGACAUCGUGAUAGAGGCUAUGCUGGAGGCCCCAUACAAGAAAGAGGAGGCCCAGCCAGGACCCUCGAAGCCGCCAGCUGACCCCCCCACAGCCCAGCCAUCUCAGGAGGAGCAAGGGAAAGAAGCAAAGAAGGACAGCGCCCCCAGCAGCAGCAAUGGGGAAAGCAGCAGCAAAAAGAAGAAGAGUAGGAGUCGUAGCAAGAGCCGAGACCACAGACACAGUCGGGACGGAGACCGUCAUCGUAAACGCAGCCGAGAUCGCCCCAGCCGCCACCGGAGCAGAAGCCGCCAUCGGAGCCGCAGUCGGGAUCGUCGGCGGGCCAGCCGAUCUCGGAGCCGAGAGCGCCGACGGGAAGAGAGGGUCCGCUACCGCAGCCCGCCUCCCCCUGGGCGACGGUUUGGACACAACAAGAAUCCCUUGUUCAGAGAAAAAAGCCCUCUCCGGGAGCCCUUGGGCAGCUUGAGCCCCGAAGAGCGUGACGCCCGCACCGUCUUCUGCAUGCAACUAGCUGCCCGUAUCCGCCCUCGAGACCUUGAGGAUUUUUUCUCUGCUGUUGGCAAGGUGCGUGACGUACGGAUCAUCUCGGACCGAAAUUCCCGCCGCUCGAAAGGCAUCGCUUACGUCGAGUUUUGUGAGAUACAGUCGGUGCCGCUGGCCAUCGGGCUGACGGGACAACGCCUCCUGGGCGUACCCAUUAUCGUUCAGGCUUCCCAGGCGGAGAAGAACAGGCUGGCAGCCAUGGCUAACAAUCUUCAAAAAGGCAGCGGGGGUCCCAUGCGGCUCUACGUCGGAUCUCUUCACUGCAACAUCACCAAAGAGAUGCUGCGCGGGAUCUUUGAGCCGUUUGGCAAGAUUGACAGCAUUGUGCUCAUGCGGGACCAGGAUACCGGACAGUCCAAAGGCUACGGCUUCAUCACCUUUACAGAAGCAGAAUGUGCCCGCCGUGCCCUGGAGCAGCUGAACGGUUUCGAGUUGGCCGGCCGGCCCAUGCGGGUCGGACAGGUCACCGAACGGCUGGACGGCACCACCGACAUCACUUUCCCCGAUGGGGCUGAUGAGCACGACCGGUCAGCUCUGAGCUUGGGGACCACCAGCUCCCAGCUGCAACUGAUGGCGAAACUGGCCGAAGCUGGUUCUGGGAUCCCCCUGUCCACCACAGCAGCGGCUCACGCUGCUUUGCAGCUGAACGGAGCGAUACCUUUGGGAGCGCUGAAUCCAGCUGCCCUGACAGCUCUUAGCCCAGCGUUGAACCUGGCUUCACAGACACUGGCCUCCCAGUGCUUCCAGCUUUCAGGCCUCUUCAGUCCCCAAACAAUGUAA